GCCUUUCUAUCAGUUAUAUAUCGAUCUUGAGGCUACCAACACAUAUCCAUCGUUCUGCUCCACCGAAUGUAUGUCACCCCUCAAAUGAGCGUGACAGGAGCGUAUGGAGACCUCUUACCCUUAAACAAGUAAAACGUGGACAUUGAUACCUUAAAAAUUGCUGCCUGAAGAGGUCACUGCACGAGGGCCCCCGACAGAGGAAGUAGGCCUGCGGGCCUAUCAGCGACAUUAUGAAACGACUGUACACGGAAGAGCAAGAGGCCCCGUAUGAUGAGUUGGAGGUGGCCGAGGAGCCUCCGCCCAUGCUAAACAAGGCACAAUGCAUCUUACUCAACAUGACCUCGUUUGGCAUCAACUUCAUGGUGCUACUUCUUAGCGUCGAAGUGAUCCCGGCUCAGGUGGAGGCGCUGGUGGGCGAUGGGGCUAAGGGCAGCACAUUCGGAGGCAUGGUUGCCGGGGGAGCAGCCUUGACCUUCUUCGUGAGCCCUGUUGUGGGGAUGGUGAGUGACCGGCUGACGUACAAGCUGGGCAAGAGGCGACCUGUCAUGAUCAUCGGAACCAUCAUCCUCUGUUUUGGCCUGAUUGGCAUGGCCUUUAGCGCCCCACAGGUUGACGUGCCCCACAGGGACACUAAGGGGUUACUUGGCAACACAAGUCGCAUGUGUCAGCUGGACUUGGUGAAGGAGAGGUGCGCCCCCUACAUGAACAAGUCUAUACCUGCCAAGGACUUCACCAAUCCUGCUCAGUCUGGCAUCGUCGCAGACAAGAAGUCACUUACGGAACCUGUCGUCGCAGAGAAACCUGGAAACUUGGGGUUGUACAUUACAUUCUUCCUGAUGGUCAUCUGCGCACAGGCGGCUGUCACUGUCCCCUUCAACGCCCUGGUGGCGGACAAGUCCCACCCCACACAGAGAGGUUUUAACUCUGGUGUGAUGGGCGCGAUGAUCUUGCUGGGAAAUGUGAGCGGUGCAGCGGCCGGACUCAGUUUCACGCAUAUCGGCGUGAUCGGGAUAUACGGCCUGAUCCUGGGGAUCCUGGUGUUGUGUGUCACGGUGACGGUCGUGUCUACCAAGGAGUACCGGACCAAGGAGGAGCUGGAGCUACAACCACUGGGAUGCAAGCUUAUAUUCUGUGGAUUCUGGGAACCAUUGAAAGAGCAUGAUUUCCGAUGGGUCUUUAUAACGAGGUUCCUCAUGCAGCAGGGCGUGGCUACCGUCACUGGAUUCCUGGAGUACUGGCUGGGCGACAUGAUACCACUGCCCAACUGCUGGACCGCCGCUACUUCUGUGUCUCUCAUGUUGCUCCCGAUGCUCUUCGCUGCUGCUUUCAGUUCUGUAAUAUUUGGAAUAAUAUCAGACAGAACAAACAGACGGAAAAGUAUAGUGACAAUUGCAGCCGUAGUGAUGGGAUGCUGCGCCCUGACCGACGCCUUCCUCAGAGGGAACUACGCCUUCUACAUCGCCGUUGCCAUGGCAUUUGUGUUCGGAACCGGAUUCGGAGCGUUCCAGUCCGUGGACUUCGCCCUCGUGAUGGACGUUCUCCCGGAAGAAAAGGACAAGGCCAAGGACAUUGCUGUGUGGCACUUGGCCCUCAUCCUCCCCCAGGUCCUGGCCACGCCUGUCGGUGGAGUCGUACUGGACAUAUUUGAGAGGGUCAACUGUGAGAUCGGGCUCGGUUAUAUCAUUGUAUUCGUAAUGACUUCCUUUUACUUCCUGCUGAGUGGACUGUUUGUCUUCAAAAUACGAAGAGCAAAGUAGAAGUCUUGAAUCUGGAUAUCAUUCACCUGUGGAUGGAUUGCAUGGGAUGUUACAGUGUUUGUCUUAUACCAUUGUUAGUCACAGUGUCUAAUAUGUUUGAGGCCACUAAUUGCAUGUCAUUGUAAACAUAUACUCCAACCUAUGGUGUGCCAGGGUUCUACUCAUAUGUCAUGACAUCAGUUGUGGUUGGUGUCGUACGUACCAAACCUGUGAAUGUAACGGUUUUAUAUGAAGCCUUGACUGGAUAUUCCCGCAGCUAUGAGAAACACAGGGAGAUCAUUUUUAAAUGUGACAGCUUUGUCGAUUUUUAUGUGAUAGUCUUUAUUGAUGUAUGAUCCUUCAUGUAUGCACGGCGUUUCAUGUUUUAAAUCAAAUCAGUAUCUCCAUCAAGUUAUCGAUAGAAGCCAGGGAUUGCCAGUGUCUGCUCCGUAGCAUAUGGCCAGGUUAACGGAAUUUACCUUUAGUUUAAUUAAAUUAAAUUAAAUUUAAUUAAAUUAAAAUUAUUGAAUCACAUUAUUCAAUAUUCGUUUCAAUACUCUUCGUGUAAAUUAUUUUCAUAUCUGUUAAGAUAUAAGUGAUUCUGAAAACGUACACAAUAUGUUAAUUGAUGAUCGAUGAGUUUACAGGUUCGAACAUCUGUGUGGAUAAUUCCAAAUAGACAGCUUUCGCCUCCUUGCAUCAAAUCACGUUCCUCGCGUCUCACUCCAUGCCCAAAGAUAGCUGUAGUAUUGAAACAAGGCGGGGACACAUUGUAACCUUAGCAACGCUGGCACAGUGCCCUGGUGUUGGGGAUAAUCCGGGUUUUUAGUGGAAGUCGUGGGAAUGAUAUUGAAAUCUGUUGUCAUGUGUAGUGCUUUUUUGAACUAAUAUGCUUUUAUGUAUAUCUGUGUCAAGACAUUCAGAACGCUGUACAAAGUAUUUUAUUUGUUAGUGGCUUUACGAUGAUCUCUCACCGCGUGGCUAUUCUAAAAUUAACACUAUUUUGUUUUUAAAUAAUUUUCAACGAGUGCUUACUAGCAAGUACUUUGCAAGAGUUGGUUACAUCAUACACACCUCCUGUCAUUUUCUGGAUGAUGUUUCAGCAUAAUGUUAACGUUAUAUGAAGGGCAUUUGUCGGGAAUAUUGUGAGCUACAAGGAUAAACUAGUUGGAGAAUGUCGAUAUAAUAGUUUUUUGUGCUAUACCGUGGAAUUCUUUAUGGAAGAGCUAAGAGAACCAAAUAUCACUAUGGGGUGAAUCAUUGAGGCCUCUAUGAAGGGCUAGGAGGACAAAAUAUCACUAUAUUGUGAAUCAUUGAGGUCUCUAUGGAAGGGCUAGGAGGACAAAAUAUCACUAUAUUGUGAAUCAUUGAAGUCUCUAUGAAGGGCUAGGAGGACAAAAUAUCACUAUAUUGUGAAUCAUUGAAGUCUCUAUGAAGGGCUAGGAGGACAAAAUAUCACUAUAUUGUGAAUCAUUGAAGUCUCUAUGGAAGGGCUAGGAGGACAAAAUAUCACCAUAUUGUGACACUAUAUUGUGAAUCAUUGAGGUCUCUAUGGAAGGGCUAGGAGGACAAAAUAUCACUAUAUUGUGAAUCAUUGAGGCCUCUAUGAAGGGCUAGGAGGACAAAAUAUCACUAUAUUGUGAAUCAUUGAAGUCUCUAUGGAAGGGCUAGGAGGACAAAAUAUCACUAUGGGGUGAAUCAUUGAGGUCUCUAUGAAGGGCUAGGAGGACAAAAUAUCACUAUAUUGUGAAUCAUUGAAGUCUCUAUGAAGGGCUAGGAGGACAAAAUAUCACUAUAUUGUGAAUCAUUGAGGUCACUAUGGAAGGGCUAGGAGGACAAAAUAUCACUAUGGGGUGAAUCAUUGAGGCCUCUAUGAAGGGCUAGGAGGACAAAAUAUCACUAUAUUGUGAAUCAUUGAGGCCUCUAUGGAAGGGCUAGGAGGACAAAAUAUCACUAUAUGGUGAAGCAUUCAGGCCUCUAUGGAAGGGCUAGGAGGACAAAAUAUCACCAUAUGGUGAAGCAUUCAGGCCUCUAUGGAAGGUCGAGAAAUGACAACUAAAAUAUAUAUUGCACUGUAUAGCAUUUGAUAACCUAAUAUUUACACGUUGUUUAAGGUCGACAAUCGACAACGCAGCAGCGUCUUUUGGGUUUCCAAAGGAAUUCACACAAGGCACUGUCAACUCUGUACAUAUCAGCACACUCGUGUUGUCCGAAUGAAGUUUUAAUACAACGUCAUUAUGAUAUUACCCUGAUACUUGAGGUGUUGUUUCAAAGACUUGCAUGAUGUCAGCAAAGUUAACUUCAUAUAAGCUGAACGUUCUUACUUACUGAAGAAAUAUUCCGCAGCAGAAGUGUUAAUAGUCUGAUCAUGUUUUUGUCUUUCAAAACAGAAUGCCACCUGCACAUAUAGGAUUUGUGUUAAUGAGGGUUCUAUAUAAUUAAAUUCAAUGCUAUAUGUUUGUAUUUGUAUAAAUAUUUUAUACAUUUAUGACCCAUCCAAAAUUUCGAAACCGUUGGAUUUUUGGCACAUUAUGCAGCUGAGAAUGUUUUACUUAAGAAAAUGAAAUCCAUGCAUAUUCUGUUUUAGUGAAAUACAGCUAGGGUUUGCUGAUGAAAUGGCAAAACUGUCUCAGUAUUAAGCUAUUGUCUAUGUUACACUGUUCCAGUUACAUAAUCUAUUCUUAUAAUGAUAAUUGUUACGACUAAUAUGCCACUCUUUAGAAACACACGAAUGUCGUCUUUAGUAGUGAAGGUGUAAGAAGCACUGUUGAAUAUCUUCAACGAAAUGUAGUAUUACUGUUUGUGUACAUAUUGUGUGUGAGGUAUUCCCGCUCUAGUGAUUUCUGUAAUUAUCGUAUCAUUACGAUAUCUUCAUUUCAAAUAUCAGGAUUAAUCACUGUAUGUUUUCAAUUAUCAUCGAACAUAUAAAUUAUAAAUACGAUAUGUUUUCAAUUAACAUUGAACAUAUCACGUUUAACAAUUAAAACAGCAUCAUUGGAUUUGUGAGACUCCCAUUUUCGCGAUGCUGCUGCUAAAGUUUAUUUGUAAGUCAAUCGAUGACUACCUGUGAUGGUUGACUGGGUCGCACUCAUGUCAGCUACCACUAGAGAAGAACAGGAUACCUUUUUUAAGAACCUCUAGUUAAUGAUGUCAUUUAUUGUGACUCGCAUCCUGAUUCCAAACCAUUGAAGGUCUAUAGACGUUUCACUGUAUAUAGUAAAGGACAUGCACACCCGGAAGUUAAAUGUAUUUUGUUGUCUCUACCUAUGGUCACAAUAUUGUCUCAACAGCUGACGUGUUUGGAACGUUGAUGCUAUUUGAUUUAAAUAUGCAUUAUAAAUCUUAAUAUGUCGAUGACAACGUGCAUGUUACAUAUGUUCACAUUUCUUGACAUUGAUGUAUUUUGCAAUAAAUACAUAUAUAUCACCA